CCCAUUUCGAUCAGGGAAUUUCUCUGAUCUUCAUAUCCCUCUCUCUCUCUGUCGCUUUGCUUCUCUCGUAGUUUCAUGAGUAGAUAGGUGAGUAGAGUAGACGUAUCCGCGCGCGCAAGAGAAUAGGUAGCUAGGAUAGAUCAAGAAUCCAUGGAGCGGUCGCCGGCGCCGGCGCCGGUGGAGGUGCCCAGGUUCUUCGUGUGCCCGAUCUCGCUGGAGGUCAUGCGGGACCCGGUCACGCUGUCGUCGGGGAUCACCUACGACCGGGACAGCAUCGAGCGCUGGGUCUUCACCGACGGCCACGGCGACUGCCCCGUCACCAAGCUGCCGCUGGGGGCCGGCGACCGGGAGCCCACGCCCAACCACACGCUCCGGCGGCUCAUCCAGUCCUGGUGCGCCGCGCACGCCGUCGAGCGGUUCCCCACCCCGCGCCCGCCCGUCGACGCCGACCGCGUCGCCGCGAUCGUCGACGCGGCGAGGAAGGGCGGCCGGCCGGAGGUCCUGGCCGCUCUCCGGGAGCUCGCGGAGAUCAUCGGCGAGAGCGACCGCAACCGGCGGUGCGUCGAGGGCGCGCCUGGCGCGGUGGAGUUCCUCGCGUCCGUCGUCAAGAAGCAUGCCGCAAGCACGCUAUCCAAGCCUUUGGAAUUGAUGCACGACGUGCCGGAGGACUCGCCCAUGUCGACCUCGCCGGAGGAGGCGGCUCUGAGCAUCCUGCAUUCGCUCAAGCCCUCCGAGGAGACCCUGAAGAGAAUCUUGGAAAGCAACGACGAUUUCGUGGACACCUUGGCGUCUGUGCUGCGGUGGCCGAGCCACCGGGCGCGCACGCACGGGAUGCACCUGCUCAAGGCGGCGCUGUCGGCGAUGCAGCCGUCGCGGCUGAGCACAGCUAGCACCGAGCUGAUCGAGGGCGUGGUCAGGGUGGCGGCGGACAGGGCGCUGCCGCCUAAGGCUGUCAAGCUGGCUCUCCACGUGCUCUGCCGGCUCAGCCCGUGGGGCCGGAACCGCAUCAAGGCGGUGGAGGCCGGCGCCAUGGCGGCGCUCGUAGAGCUGCUCCUCAACGAGGGGUGCGGCGGUGGCAGCAACGGCGGCGGCGGCAAGCGGGCCGGCGAACUCGCGGCGGUGGCGAUCGACCACCUGUGCGGGUGCGCGGAAGGGCGCCAGGAGCUGGUGGCGCACCCGGCUGGGCUGGCGGCGGUGGCGAGGGCGGCGACGCGGCUGUCCCCCACGGGCACCGAGAGCGCGGUGCGUGCGCUGCACGCGGUGGCGAGGCACGCGGCGACUCCCGCGGUGCUGCAGGAGAUGCUGGCCGUCGGGGUGGUGGCGAGGCUGCUGUACCUGGUGCAGGCCGGCGCCGCCGGCGAGCGACCGAGGGAGAGAGCGAGGGAGAUGCUCAAGAUGCACGCCAGGGUCUGGAGGGGCUCGCCGUGCCUGGCGUCGCACCUGGCAACCUCCUACCCUUGUUGACAACUUGAUAUCGCAUGACGACGCGACCGAGCAAGAUCAGGAUUUGCAGAUUUGGUGACCAUUUUCACCUCCAAUAUAGUUGAUUGUCACAUCGUACGAUUCGUAGUAAAUCGGCAAAACCUUUCUUCUUUGCUUCAUCGUUGCAUGUAAAGAUUGUAUUCUUAAACCGCAAGGUUUGAUGUGUAGCUUCCCCAAGAUGGGGGUGUUGGAUACGGAGAUUCGUUACACUGGCAUAUAAAAUGUACAUUUUGGAAGAAAAUUGCAACAUUUUGUUUGUUAAA